GGCGCCUCAAACUGCCACCGCUGGAAACAUUUCUUUUUUCAAUAAUCUGUCCAGCCGCAUCAACAACAAUUCAAGCAUCCUUUCAUCACUGUCGAUCCAUAUAUAUCCCCAUCGCCUUUCAGCAUCGUGGAGGUGCACGAGAGCGUUCUUUCUCGCAUCUUGGAUCCCUCUUUGGAGGUUUGUACGGACGCUUGAAGCACGAAUUCCAUCCGGGAUCUCGCCGUCUCGCCCCUUGUGAAGGACAAUAAUCUGUUUUUCUUCUUACCAGAUCUCAAAACCUAGACACUCUCCUCGUGAAGGGCAUCAGAAGGUCCCAUCGGACGCAUGCAAACACUUUGGCUCGCCAUUCUACAAACUUCAAAGCAAUCUGUGUGAUCGUCUUCGCCCAGCAUGCCGACAGAAUCAUCGGCCGACCCAACCACUUCCACUUCUCCAAACGGCACCAUCAACUUUCCUCCCGCCGGUCCCACUCGCACUCGUUCUCAGCCCCUCGUUCCUCUAGCUGAUGGUCUACCUCCAUCUUCGACUCGUUCACCAGCUUCCCCAUCACCCGUCUCCCCUUCACCUGUAUCAUCUGCACACCUUGCAAGUACCUCAUCGAGACAUAGAGCGCACACCGUAUCCGUCAGCUUUAGACCUCCAGGAGCUCCUCGUCGGGGUUCAGCCAGAGCGACAGGGACGUUUCCUAGGGACACUACUUCUUCCUCUGCUACCUCAGGAGGCUUACUCAGCGGCCUAACAAAGGAGUUUGGAACGGGAUCUAAAAGUGUAUCGGAGGAUAUCGAUCCGUCUCCAUCCUUACCAUCCCCUCGGGUCGAGACACCAGAGGAUAGACGGACAGGAACAGCUUCAGAACGAAGGCGUAGAUCAAGCAGUGGUAUCGAUGGCAAACGACGUCGAUCAGCAAGUUCAGCGAGAAGGGGUGUGUUGGAUAGUAUACGACAAAGCUUGGAAGGUGGUAGAGGGGAUGAAAGAGCAGGUACACCUGCGAGUGUGGAGAUCGAGCGUGAGGAUGGAGGAGAGCCAGAGGAAUUACACGAUGAAGUGGUGGGCGUCCUGGACGUCAUUGACGAUGAAGUCGCAACAGUGAAUCACCUCCAAAACAUGUCGAACGGAUUGAUCUUUCCAAACCUGCCGGGCUUGUGGUCACGACGACCCGAAGUCAUCCUACCAGACCAAACGGAUAAUGUACCGAGCUCUAGCACGGCUGAAGAAGGCAAAGCGGGUGCAGGAUCUCGCCGAUCAACCCGUCGACAUAGAGGAUCCACCGUUUCGAAGCUCUUCCCUCCUUCCGCUUCAGGCUUCAGACGGAUCCCAGAAGCUCCAUCGUCACCUACAGAUCCAUCGACCACCACUUCGAAGACUGGCAGACCUGUCCAUUCAUCUUUGACGACGGACGAAGAUGACAACGAAGAAGAGACGAGAUCCGGACUCACGUCAGAAUUGAAUCAACAGAUGAAGAGGAUAGAAGAAGAGGUCAAAUCGGAUCAUUUACUCGACGCGCACGUCAAGCACGUCUUGAUUUCAUCUUCGAAACGUGAUAAACUUCGUCGAUUCGGUAAAGGUCUAUGGACGUUUUUGAAAACUCCCAUGGGCGCUUUUACAGCCAUCUAUGGUUUCCUCGUCGCGUUCUGGGGAGCAGGUAUCGUCUUGUUCUUGCUCGGUUGGAUACCUACGAGCUCAAAAUACGUGCAAGAUCUAUGGGUCGAACGCUGCAGUCAAAUCGAGAAUGGAUUGUUCACCCUCACUGGUAUUGGCUUAGUCCCGUGGCGAGUCAUCGACACGUAUCGAAUGGCAAAAAUCUGGCACCUCCGUGUGGAAACGCACAAACGACGAAAAGCUCAAGGUCUACCUCCCAUUGACGAUCCGGAUGAUCUUCCAGAUCCAAAGGAAGCCAAGGAUUACGUCUCGGUCUUGUCUGACAAAGAGCAAGAGGAACUACAAUAUCAACAAGUGAAAUUUAGCAAAUCUCAGACGUGGUACAGACCUCACGCGACUGCUACGCAUACGGCUUUCCCUAUCAAGUGGGCAUUAUGGAAUACGAUAUUGAUGGACGGGAAUUCGUUCUUCCAAGCAUUGCUUUGCGGCUGCAUGUGGGGAUUGAACUGGCACAUUCGUCCACCUUGGACUACCGGUACAUUGAUCCCGUGUUCCUUUCUCUGCGGUAUCGGUGCCGCUGUGCUUAUCUGGCAGGGGUGAGGCUCGCAGACUCGCACUUUUAAGCCCGACUGACCUUGUCACCCACGUUUCAGAUCAAAACGCACCAAAAAGACAAUCUCUGUU